UUGGCAUUCAGUGAGCUACGAGUGCUUCAAACCAGCUAAACAGCUAUUCAACAAUUUUCUGAGUUUUGUAACCAAACUAAUAAUCAAAUCAAAAUGCGUCUGGGACAAACUGUGCCUAACUUCACCGCCGAGACCACCAAGGGUCCCAUCAGCUUCCACGAAUGGCAGGGCAAGAACUGGGUAGUUCUGUUCUCCCAUCCUGCUGACUUCACCCCCGUCUGCACCACUGAGCUGGGACGCAUUGCUGUCCACCAGCCUGAGUUCGCCAAGCGCAACACCAAGUGCCUGGCCCACUCUGUGGAUGCCUUGAACUCACAUGUCGACUGGGUGAACGACAUCAAGAGCUAUUGCCUGGACAUUCCCGGCGAUUUCCCAUAUCCCAUUAUCGCCGAUCCCACCCGUGACUUGGCCGUGAAAUUGGGCAUGUUGGAUGAAGAUCAGAAGAAGGAUCCCGAGGUGGCCAAGACUAUCCGUGCUCUUUUCAUCAUUAGUCCUGAUCACAAGGUUCGCUUGUCCAUGUUCUAUCCCAUGUCCACCGGUCGCAAUGUAGAUGAAAUCUUGAGGACCAUUGACUCUCUGCAGCUGACCGAUCGCUUGAAAGUGGUGGCUACUCCAGCCAAUUGGACGCCCGGCACCAAAGUCAUGAUCCUGCCGACUGUCACCGAUGAAGAGGCUCACAAACUGUUCCCCAAGGGCUUCGACAAAGUGUCUAUGCCAUCGGGCGUUAAUUAUGUUCGCACCACGGAGAAUUAUUAGACAUUUUACACAGCUUUGCAUCAUUUGUUUUCCAUACACUCAUAUUAAGAUAACUACAUACAAACAUAUCCAAAAGAAAUUUAAAUAAAUUGGAACUGAAUAAUUUUAAAUAA